AUGUCUAAUACCCAACCUUCCAAAUCUCCCGGACAUUCUCCGGAUGGACAAAACAAACCCUCUCAAGAAGUAUCAAAUAUUCCAUUAGUUCAGUCACCAUUAUUAAACAUAUGUGCCAGUAAUGGCCCAGAAGAAUCACAAUAUCAACAACAACAAUUUCAACUUCAAAUCCAGCAACAGCCAGUCUAUCCACAACAACAACAACAACAGCAGCAGCAGCAACAACAACAACAACAACAACAACACCCCCAAAAACAGCAGCUCAAGUCUACCGAGAUAACGGCACAACCGUCCAAAGUAGAAAAAUUUCGUCGAACUCUAUGCACUACCUGCAAAAGUUUUGGUGAUUACAAUUGUAUUUAUGAUAAACCUGCUUCAAUUUCUUACGUUCGGCAUCUUGAGAAGCUAGUAAGAGAUCUCACGGAGUAUGUGGGUUUAUUCAGUUUACCUGGUAUUGGAGUUUUUGGUUCUGGGGGAACAUCAAUUCAAAGUCAUUUUAGCUUUGCUAAAGAACACUUUGGCAACAUAUCUACAAUUGAUUUUGACAACAUAGAAACACACAUGAAACGGGAAAACCGCCAGUAUCCUUUCACCAGUAGUAGUGAUAUGGUUCCAUCUCCAUCAACGAGUCAGCAAGGUUCAGGGCAGUCUCAAGACUCAAGAAUACAAAAGGGAUUAAGUAAAAAAGAUUCAGAUGACUUUUUAGAGCUUUUCAAUAGUGCUCCAAGUUUUUUGAAAACAAAUGAACAGUAUCGAAUUGAUUAUUUAAAAAGUGUUGCAAAAAAGGCCAUAGACUUAGAAGAAUACGCAUUAAAGUCCAUUUUACAAACCAACUUUGGAUAUAUUCCUUUAUCCACAGCAAAAAGGUGUUUACAAGUAUAUUGGUCUUGGAUAGACCCUAUAAACCUCACUAUCCAUCAUUCAUCAUUUGUCAAAAGCGCAGCCUCUUACUCUUCUUCAUUUCCUCAUGAUUCAAACAACUGCUUUUCUUUGGCAUUACUAGCGGGCAUUAUUUCUGAGUCUUUUUCUCUUUUAUAUGGUAAGGAGUCCGGUCUCUUAAAAAUAAUAAUUCAACAUGCCCAUUCACUACUUAUGCAGGAAAUUUUAUUUCCAGCAACUCUGGCGACUGUUACAGCUGCUUUGAAUAUGGCUAUUAGUUCCUUAAGACGUAACGAUUUCACUCAGGUUUGGGUAUUCACUGGUAUAGCAUAUCGUAUGGCUGAUGAUCUUGAUCUUUUUGCUACUCCUGAAGUUCAAAAUCCUUCAAUUUCUAUUGAAUCUGUUGAAGCUCGUAGUAGACUCUGUUGGGCUUUGUUUCUUUGGGAUCAGACAAUCAGUUGUUACAUGGACCGUCUUCCUUCCAUUCCCAAGCCACUUAAUUCCUAUGACAGUUAUAUCAUUGACACCAGUGGAGACGAUAAUCUUUGGCGACCUUUAAUUGAACCCAAAGGUAACAGGGUUUUAUUUUCCGAGCUUGUCAAGGACAUUCCAAAAAGUUAUUUUAUUUUUUCUUGUUUGGAAACAGGAAAAGGCAAGAGUAUUUCUGGAGUAAGUGGGAGCUCUAUUUCAUUAGAUGAAAUAAGCAGUAUUGAUGAUUAUGAGGGUACCGCUAAUGCUGGUCCUUCUUUGAAGAGGACUACUAGUGGAACUUUUAAAUCAGACAUCAAGGGAAAAUCGAUAUCGAAACGUGAUGAGCAUUCUUCUAAUGAUUCUUUAUGCAAUGCAACAGCUUCGCUAAAACUUAGACUCAAAAUCACAGAAAUUAUGCACGAAAUUCGUUUUUUAAUUUUUGGUCCCGGAAUGGAACCGCUUGUAUCUCAUGGCUCAGGGUUUUACGAUCCUCCUCCAUUGAGUAUAACGGUUGAGGUUACUGCGGAAGUGAGAAAGCAAUUAACUGCUUUAGUCAAUUUUUGGACUAGUGUCCCGGAUGAACUCAAAGUUUCUGGCAUGUUUCCACCAUCAGCUGAAGCUAUUGUUAAUCCCACUAACGUUGCCAAUUGCUUGCAAUAUUAUGGAAGUGUUGUAUUGAUUUACUCCGUUCUUCGUAAUUUGCCAGUAGAUGACACCAAAUGUCUUUCUUCCAAUCAUUCAGAAGACAUCGGUAAUGGACUUUCUGCUGUGUUUGAAAUCAUUCGGGUAUUGAUUGUUUACAUUAACAAUUUUGGCGAGCUCCGGAUAAACCAUUGGCACGAGCAUGCCCCGUUUAUUGCUGCAAGAUAUCUUUUUGAGCUACUCACACAGCAAGACAAUUUUGAAUCAGACCAGCGGGAUCAAGCGCUUACAUUUUUGAACAUUCUCAUGAAACUGCUACAAAGACCAGCGUUUCAAGUGCCAAGAUCUGCCGAGAUUUUGAGCCGUAUCAAUGAAAUGUUUACACCAGACCUUCAUAUUUCUGUACCAUCACAAAAUGUUCAGAGUCCUUCUAGCCAGCAGCAGCAACAGCAGCAACAACAACAACUACACCAGGAGUCAUUAUACGAGGUGGAGCAUCAAAAUCUAGCUUCAUCUGUAUCAGCACCAUUUUUUGAGCAAAAUCAUCAGGCUCAGUUUCCUACGCAAGUGAUUUCCUAUCCUCAAGAGAAUCCUAGCUCUCAACCAGCGUUAUAUCGUUUUCAAAAUGAGCAUGAUCAAGCUCACCCCUUGCUUCAGCAAAUGCCAGCGACUGUUUAUUCUUAUGUAGCAUCUACUCAGGAUCAAAACUUUCAAAUGCAGCAGCAGCAGCAGCAGCAGCACCAACAAUUUCAGCACCAACAACAGCAGAACAUUAUGCACCAACAGCAUUUGCAACAGCAACAACAUUUGCAACAGCAACAACAUUUGCAACAGCAACAACAUUUGCAACAGCAACAACAUUUGCAACAGCAACAACAUUUGCAACAGCAACAACAUUUGCAACAGCAACAACAGCAUCUGCAGCAUCAUUAUCAACAACCAUACUUUUUUGCCCCAGCUCAAAUCACCACAGGGGUUAAUCUUCAACCGGUAGUACUACAACCUCCAGCUGCGUUUAAUCCCCAGUCUACAUCGGCUCAUUCACAGGCAAUAGUUCCGCAACCAUUGUAUCCAAACCAAGUUAUAACGCCUGGUAUUUCAUUUGUGCCGCAACAUGCGCCCAGCCCACAAAACAUUUCUCCAGGGGGAAUGGGGAUUCUAUCUAUUGAUACAAAUGCAGGGGCAUCAUCAUCUGGGGCUGCUUCAUCGUCUAGUGCAACACCGGUAUCAGAUCCAUCGAUUUUCCGGUCUAACACGGGGGGGAUUGCCGCAGUUACAACAGUAUCAGCCGGGCAGGCUGUUUAUUCGGUUUCGCAAGCAAAUACAGGCAAUGAGUCUGGUAGAGCAUCUAUUGACUUGUCACAAGCAGUUAAACUUGAAGCACUGCCGGUACCAGGAGCAACUGAGCAUACUGUAAUAAGGCUGCCACAUUUUGGAGCGGUCCAACAGUACGCCAUGAAUCCUCCAGUUAGCCAACCAAUGGUUUUUGAACAGCAGUGGAGUCAUCAUCAUCAUUUUCUUCCAGCGAGCGAAAGCAAUCAACAAGCUCCAGUGGAGCCGCAGGAGCACACACAAAAGCAACCACCGAAUCAAUUGCAGCCUGGUCUGCAGUUUAUUUCAAUGGCGUCAGUCCAUCCAGUAGUGCAUCCGGAAGCAUCGAAUAGUUACGGUCAAAUGGGUAUAGAAGCCCCUAGAGAGGGUACUGAGUUGAUAGAGUCACACUUUGCAUCCAGGGUAGUUGGUGAACCAUUAUCAGGUGCACCCGAAAGCGUUAUUGAGUCUAAUGACGGUUCAGGCACAAAUGUUGUAGGCUCUGACCAAAAUACGGUUAUUCCAACAACAAAUUCACAUUAG